AUGUAUAUUCCUCCUUUUCAGCUUCGUGUCUUGCCGGCGACGAGUCAGUUACCAUCUUAUUCAGAUAAGGCUAUUCUACCGGCAUCAGUUCUACUGAGAAUUGUAGAUAUCAUUCCAGAGCUGGAAUUGCCACAUCCAUUGAUCUUCAAGAUCACUUCAUCCGAACUGCUCGGAAGUUGCUAUAUUGGCGUUCGUGAAUUUUCGGCUCCGGAGGACGAAACUGUAGUUCUUCCUGAUUGGAUAUUCACAAAGUUGCUUGAGCCGGAGCUGGUGACAGUUGAAUUGCAGUUGAAAAGUUCUAUUUCUAAGGCAACUUCGCUCAAAUUGAAGCCCUUGCAACUUUAUUCCAACAUCACUAACUGGAAAUACUUCUUAGAGAACAAACUCACGCAGUACUAUACUACUUUGACCAGCAAAGAGACAUUGGUUAUUGAAGAUGAUAAUUUGCGGUACGAAUUGUACAUUGAAGAAAUCAAUGGCGAGGCUCAUAAGCCAGUAACUGCUUCUAUAAUAGACACGGAUAUCGUUCUAGACGUAGUUCCGCUAAACGAUAAGCUUGCUAGCGAACAACAACUUGAGUUCAACUCUAAUCCACAUAACAAUAUUGUAGAAAUAGAGUCAGUAGUAGAAGCUACUGUUCACUCGUUCUUGAGUCCCAAGUUCAAACCAACAAUCUACAAAAUCGACUUGUCUAAAUACGACAGCGAACUCUUCAUUAAGCUCGAUAACCUUGCCUUCGCUAGUAGCAAUUUCGACGCCAUUUUCAAUGUUGAUGUCAUUGCUGGCUUGGACAAGUUUGUUAGCUUGGAGAACUUCAAGUACACUACUAUGGAUGAGGAUUUCUUGCUUCAGAAUAGAUUUCAACAUGGAAACACUAGUAAAGCUACCAAGGUGAUCCGAGUUGAUCUUAAGGACGAUGACAUUCUAAACAAGCUCCAGAGGGCUAAAGAUGAAAGUGUAGAUGGUAUAGACGACCUUGAAAAGUUCUUGUAUUUGAUACCAUUUUCUUGGGAUGAAGAAGCUGAAGUCACGUUGACGAUCAGUACAUGUAUUUCUGAUAUACUUGAGGAUAACAACGCAGAUAUAGUUGAUACAGAAGUGCCGGAAGGACACAGUCGUUGUCCCAAUUGUUUGAAGCUUAUUUCUAGCAACAAGCUCGUCCUCCACGAGUCGUUCUGUUUGAGAAAUAACGUCAAAUGCACCAAAUGCGACAUGGUAUUCUUGAAAGAGAUCCCCCUGUCGCAUUGGCAUUGUGACGUGUGUGUGGAUUUUCAUUCGGACUCGAGCCUCUUGAAAUUCAAACACACCAGAUUGUAUCAUACCAAUCAAGCCUACAAGUGUAACCAAUGCUCUUCGACAGAAGAAUAUGGAACCUUUAUAGAAUUGGUUACUAAACAUAAGGCUACUGUUUGUCCGCUGAAACUUCACCAGUGUCGUUUCUGUCAUUUGAUUGUACCACAGGGACAGGCUACGUACCAGGAUAGGUUUGAAAACUUGACUAACCAUGAGAAUUCUUGUGGCAACAAGACCAUUGAGUGUUACAAGUGCAACAAAGUUUUCCGAACCAAGGACUUUCAAAAGCAUCUCAAAAUGCAUGACUUGGAUAAGAUCCAGUUCAACGAAUGGAAUAAGACUGUAUUCAGAAAGUGUUCCAACGUGAACUGUAUCAAAUUAUUGGGUACAGAAGCUGCUAAUGACUUAGAUCUCUGUGACUUGUGCUACGGUCCUUUGUAUAUAGCCCAACAUGACCCUACGCACAUUAAGCUACAGCAGAGAAUAGAGAGAAGGUAUAUGAUGCAGUUGACCAAAGGGUGUGGCAACGGUUGGUGUCGCAACCCAUACUGUGCUUCCUCGUACAACGCUAGUGCGGAAAUCAAAGGGAAGCCCUUCAAGGAGUUGAUACAGUUGUUAAACGAAUUCUUGUUUCGUCAGAUAUCGACUCCUUCUUUUCCCAUAAACAAGGCACAUGUCGUUGAGGGAAGGAACAGACUCUGGUUCUGUGUGAACGAGUCUGUUUCCAACAAGAACGUGAUGCUUGAGCUUAUACUGUCGGAAGGAGAAUAUGACGAGGAGAUUAUCUACAAAGCAGUUAAUGAGAAGAAUGAUGAGCAGAGCAUGCGGAGCUGGUUGCACGACAAUGCAAUCAAGGUAUAG